AUGGCUAAGUCCAUACUUGAUAGGCAAAAUAAUCUCGAGACCGAGCGACGUAACUCAAUCGCUGUUGAGGCUCAGUGUUCUCAUGACCAUCAGGACCUAGGGUUUAAAUUACCUCAAAUUCAAAUAUCUAAAUUUGAUGGUGCAUAUUUCCGCUGGCUUGAAUUUCGUGAUACUUUUGAAAAUUUAAUUCACAACAAUGAUCGUAUAAAAGCUAUACACAAAUUUCAUUAUCUUAUAUCCUAUCUGGAAGGGGAUGCAGCCCGGAUUAUAUCCAACCUGGAAGUGUCUUCGGUUAACUAUGCGAAGGCCUGGCAGCUUCUCGGAGAUCGUUAUAAUAACAAAAGAUUAUUAAUUAAUCAUCACUUAAGUUCUUUGUUUAAUAUACAAGCUCACACCCGAGAGUCUGAAAGGCAAGGCCACCCAGUAAGCGAGUGCCGCUUCGGUCCGUGCCGAGAGUGUAAGCAAAAACACAAUAGUUUGUUGCAUGAAUCUAAACAGAGUGUUGUCAAUAAUUCAGUUGUUGUAAGCUCAGUCUCGUCUGCGGCUAAUGUUUCCAAUUUAGGAUCCAAUCAAGUACUUCUCUCCACAGCGGUUAUCGAAGUAGUGAACCCUAGCACUAAUGAAAAGGAAAAGGUCCGUGCCCUAUUAGAUUGUGGUAGCGAGUCCUCCUUUAUCACGAAAUCUUUAAAAGAAAGAUUGUCAUUAAAAUCAUACCCCAGUGACUGUCUAAAGGUCAUAGGUAUCGGUAAUAAUCACAACAAUAACAUAACUGAAAGCUGUAUCGCUCAAAUAAAUUCAUUAAAUGAUUCAUUUAAAGUUAACUUAUCAUGCUUUGUUCUAAAGGAGCUUACAAGUAAUAUACCUAAAUGUGUAAUAGAUAUUAAAGAUCUUAAUAUUCCUAAAAAUUUACCAUUGGCAGAUCCUGAAUUUAAUCACCCGGCUUCAAUUGAAGUUUUAAUUGGAGCAGACAUUUUCUGGGACCUCUUGGGUAGUGAACACCACUCCUUGGGGCCUAAAAAUCCUCAUUUGCGAAAUUCACGGGAGCAAGAAUGCGAGAAACAUUUCAUGACUCACACUGUACGCUUGAGUAACGGCAGGUUUGAAGUCAAAUUGCCUUUAACCGAAUCUCCUGGUUGUCUCGGGGAUUCGUAUAAUUCAGCUAAAAAACGUUUCUUAAAUUUAGAACGCAAAUUCAAGCGUAAUCCGGCGUUAAAGUCUAAAUAUUCGGAAUUUAUUCGUGAAUAUGCCGAGUUAGGGCAUCUCAGUGAGUCAGCAAUUUUAAAACCUACCCCAGGUUAUUUUUUAUGUCAUCACGCCGUGUUUAAAAAUAGCGAAUCCACUGCACUCCGCGUUGUAUUCGACGGUUCCGCUGCCUCCUCCACCGGAGUGUCCUUAAACGACAUUUUAAUGACUGGGCCAAAUGUUCAGGAUUCUCUCUUUUCCAUUCUCGUGAGGGCAAGGCAGUACCGGUUUAUCUUGUCUGGCGACAUCGAGAAGAUGUACCGCCAGGUUCAAGUGAAUACUGAAGACCGGGACUUGCAACUUGUUAUUUGGAGAGGAGAUGAGUCCGAGCCCCUUAGAACGCUACGAUUAAAUACUCUUACUUACGGCACCGCAAGCGCGAGUUAUUUAAGCACUCGAUGCCUGUCGCAGCUCGGGGAGGAGCAGCACGAUCCGCUCAUAAAAACUAUAAUACAAAAGGAUUUUUAUGUAGACGACCUUAUUACAGGAUCUAAUGACGAAAACGAACUGCGGUACAUACAAAGGUCAGUCGCGGAGGCUUUGAGAUUAGGAUGUUUUAACUUACGAAAAUAUAAGAGUAACUUACCUACUUUGUUCGUGGACUCAAGCAUAAACAUCCAUGAACAUUUAACUAUAAGUGAGUCCUCGAGCACUCUCGGACUAGGGUGGAGUCCUACGCAUGACACGUUUAAUUUUCCUACAAAAACUCCUCCUUCUGUUGAAAAAAUUACUAAAAGAUACAUAAUGUCAAAUUCGUUUAAAAUUUUUGACCCUUUAGGUUUGAUUAGCCCUUGCAUAGUAAAAGCUAAAAUUCUUUUACAAAAAUUGUGGAAAGAAAAACUUGACUGGGACGAACCAGUCCCAGAUAUCAUUAAAGAAGAGUGGAAUAGUUUUGCUGACAACUUACCUUUUAUUCAAGGUUUAAAUAUAACCAGGCCAGUUAUAUGUGACUCGCCUACAUCAAUUGAAAUGCAUGUUUUCAGCGACGCCUCACAAGUCGCCUACGGCAGUUGCGUUUAUAUGAGGUCUGUUGCUGCAAACGGUGACGUCACUGUAAAACUUUUAUGCAGUAAGUCUAAAAUCUCACCUGUGAAGCCCACGACGAUAGUACGUCUCGAGCUCUGUGCCGCACUGCUGGCUGCGAGGCUCAGCAAAGCUGUACUGGACUCGCUGCGCUACAAACCUGAUCGCGUGCUUUACUGGUCUGACUCGAGCAUAGUUCUGGCUUGGCUGAAAAAUAAUAUUACACAGUUAAAAUCAUUUGUGGCAAAUCGUGUCACAGAAAUAUUAGAAAUUACUUACCCAUCAACCUGGCGUCAAGGAACGAGUGUGGCCUAUAAAUGGAAGGCGGCUCGCUCGGCGCACGGUAGACAACUGCACGCGCUGCCGACGCGUUAG